AUGUUUUUAUUUUUUUUUUCAUUUUCUUUAUCAGAAGAAUACGGAUUGAGAGCUCCAUUCCAGCUUAGCUCUGAUAACAAAAUAGGAUACUGGGAGUUUGCAGGCUCAACUAUUGUUUUUAACGACAGUAUUCAAUUAGUCCCACCAAUUCAAUUUAAACGUGGCUGCGCAUGGACAAACCUUGAAAUACCUAGGAAAGACUGGCGUAUUUCAUAUGAUUUUAGGUUUAGCGAAGGAGAUUUGGGUUCUCAAAUUGGCCUGUGGUUUGUUGAUAAAUACGGUGACGAAGGCGAAUUAGCCGGAGGACCACAGGUGUUUAAAGGUAUCGCAGUCAUCAUAAGUUUGGUCGAAAAAGAAGAGAAAAACUUUUUAGACUUUUAUUUCAUACAAAACAGAGGAAUUCAAACGAUUAACAUGUCCGACUUGAAGCCAGUUCAGUCGCUUGAAUACAGAAUCGGAUCAGUUUUUAAUGUUGCAAUUGAAUUAAAUUUGCAAACUAUCGAUAUCAAGAUAGGAAAACUGAAAACUGAGAAGCUCAUAUAUUCAUCAGACCUAAAUGUCGAUAUUACUCAAAACUACAUAGGCGUAACUGCUAUAAAUGGCCAGAAUUUCGCAAAAGUCGAACUUCUCGACUUGUUUAUACAUUUACUGAAUAACCAUGAAAUCAGUAGUAAGCGAAAAGUAGCCAUGACCCGUUGGAAUACCGGAACAUAUCAGCCAAAUCAUAUUUUCCAUUAUAGAAACCCAGAAUUCCAAAAGAUGUACUUGGAACAUAUCAGAAUGGACGAACAGCCUAACGCAGAAGCCAAUUUCUCCACAGUUAUUGAAGUAAUUGACGAAGCAAACAGAGUUGCAUUCGAUACAGCUUCUUUUUAUGAAUUAAACUACUUUGUACGCGAGAAAAUUAAUCCUUAUACAACAAAGUGGUAUGAGAGGACCUUGAAGAUCUCAAAUAUUGUCAAAUCUUCUCAUGAAGUAUUAACUGCUGGAUUAAACUAUACAAACUUCGUUGUUAAGUCGCUGAAUGAGACAAUAUCAGAGAACGCUGCCAAAUUCUCGAAGAAAUCAGCAACUCUCGCUUCAUUAUUUUCCGAAAUUGAAGAUGACUUCGACAUCAGAGAAUUGGUCAAGAAAUCAGGAAAUACAACAAGCCAAAUCUUGUUUUAUAUUGGAAGUUCAGAGUUUUUGAUGCUUUGCGCGAUUUUGGCGUUCUUCACAACAAAACGCGGCAAAAAGUACUUCCAAUUCUGA